CGGGCCGGCUCCCGGCGGGGUCGGGCCACGGGGCGCGGGUGUCUUCUCCUCGUCUCCCUCCUCCCCGUGCCCGCGCGUGUGGCAGCGCGGAGCGGGGGGCUGCAAGCUGCUGGGGGGGGGGUCGCCCGGUGAGGGGCGGGAAAGCGGGAGGCGCCAAGGGCCGCGGCUCCCCCUCACGCUGCAUUUCACCUCAAGCUGGACCGCCCCGCGCGGGGAACCGGGGGAGGGAACUGUCCGCACCCCCACGGCGUGCUCACGGGAAUCCGUCCGGACCGAGCCCAGCGCGGGGCGGUCCGGGGCGCCGGGAAGGUGCCGGUAGCGUUAGCGGGAAGAACCUUCCCCGGCGUCCGUGCCCCGGUCAGGGACGGCAUUGUGCUGUUUUCCUACAGGAUAAAAAUGGCCUCUCGGCGGAUCACACGGGAGACGUUUGAUGCUGUAGUGCAGGACAAAGUUAAAAGGUAUCGCAUGGACCGGAGUGAUGCUAUAGAGGACACAAUCCAUCAUUUUAAAGCUCAUUCAAGGCUAGUCCCAAGACCAAGAUAUGAAGACAGUUUUCAUGAUGAUGGAAGAUAUACUCAUGACAACGCUCAGCACCAUCCCCAUGAUGACUGGAGUGAAGACCCUAGAGAUGACUAUCCAGGACCUUCUUACAGAUCUGCUAGUCCUCUCGUGAGGAAGGAUAACUAUUACCAUGAACAGUAUGGCCGCCCAGCAUCUCAUGACCGGGAAUUUGGCUGCCCAGCUUCGCGUGACCGGGAGUACGGGCGUCCGGCUUCACAUGACCGGGAGUACGGGCGUCCGGCUUCGCAUGACCGGGAGUACGGGCACCCAGCGUCUCGCGAUCGGGAGUAUGGGCGUCCGGCUUCCCAUGACCGGGAAUAUGGACGCCCAACUUCCCAUGACCGGGAGUAUGGCGGCCUGGCUUCUCAUGACCAGGACUAUGGCCCUCCUGACUCUUGGGAAUCCACUGGACCACAUGAAACUGAUUUUAGUUCUUCAGAUAUUUUAGGUGAUUUUAGAUCACCAGGACUCAUGGAAGAUGAAUAUGGCAACAUGGAAAACCAGGAGUAUGAUGCGGACUUUGGAAUUCAAUCUGACAGCGAGUUCCGACCCCCAAUACGGAGGGGCAACAUUGGCAGGGGAAGAGUUCUGCGAGGAAAGCGUAUUACAAGGGGUGCUAUUAAAACUAAAGUAUUCAAAGGAGAUAUCAAAAUGCCCCUAAAGAAAUGGAACACUAAAAAACUGCAGCCAGGCCCUGAUCAGAAGCCAGCUAUGCAACCUGAUCAAAUGCCAGAAACAGCUGAACGACCAAACCAGAGGCCGGUGACCAUCCAGCGCCCUAAUCAAAAGUUGCCUCUGCGACCUAAUCAGAGGCCAACUAUAACAACCCAGAGACCUAUUCUCAGGCUCCCAAAGCCUGCACAUGUUUUCAGAAAUCUCAAUUUUGACCUUGUGGACAAAUCUGACAUUUUUUCAACGUUUGGAAUAGAAAUUAUAAAAUGGGCUGGGUUUCAUGCAAUAAAAAACGAUGCAGAAUUUUCCCGGCUCUUUGGAGCUCUCUUUGAGUUAGAGACAGAAACCUGUGCAAAAAUGCUUGCUUCAUUUAAAUGCUCCUUGAAGCCAGAACACAGAGAUUAUUGUUUCUUUACUAUCAAGAGUUUACAACAUGCUGCUCUGAAAACUCCCAAAGUGGACAAUGAGUUUUUAAAUAUGCUAUUGGACAAGGGUGCUGUGAAAACAAAGAACUGCUUCUUUGAAAUAAUAAAACCUUUUGAUAAAUACAUAAUGAGGCUACAAGACCGCCUCCUGAAAGGUGUUACACCGCUGCUUAUGGCCUGCAAUGCUUAUGAAUUAAGCAUUAAGACGAGCGGUUUUGGUAAUCCAAGAGAAAUGGCUAGUGCUUUUGAGACCACUGUUUCUCUUUGUCGUAAAUCUUUAGCACUUCUGGGUCAGACCUUCGCGUUAGCAUCUGUUUUUAGGCAAGAGAAAAUACUUGAAGCUGUAGGGCUCCAGGAAAUGGCUCCAGCACCAACACUAUUCCCCAACUUUGAUGAUUCAACAUUGUUUGGAAGGGAGUACAUUGAAAACUUGAAGGCUUGGCUGGAAAAGAGUGGAUAUCCAAUUCAGAUGAAAAAAACUGAGCCAGAGUCCACAGUACAGCUUAAAAAACCCUCUCCUGACACAAAAGUUAAAAUCCCACAGCGAGCUGACCGGAAAGUUGUAGAGACAAUUGAACAGCUAGUGAAUAGCAUUGUUUCAGGAACCUUGUCUGCCAAAGAGAGAAAUGCUCAAAAGAACUGUCCUGAAUAUUGGUUCUUAUCUGAUGAAGAUAGUCUAGAAUACAAGUAUUACAGACUGAAGUUAUCAGAGAUGCAAAGGCGGACAUCAUCUGGAAAGGAAGCGGGUGGUGAGGGCAGAACACUAGAAGAAUCCGCAACAGAAUCAGUCAGGGCUAUGUUGUAUGCCAGAAGAGUUGCAAGUAUUAAGAGAAGGCUGUUUAAAAGAAAAAGGUUUGGAAUUAUCAUGCAACGUAGUAUUCGAGGAAGGAAGGUGAGGAGAGCGACCAUAGGAACGCAGACUGUGCUUUCAGCUGGUACAGUGCUGAAGCACCAGGACAAGCAUCUUCAAGGUUCAGUCCAGUCAAAGUCUUCUGUAUCAGAAACCAGCCUGUCAGAGAAGAAUUCUUCCCUGGAUACAACCUCAUCCUCACAAUGUGCCACCAGUUCAGAGGGGUGUCUGCCAGCAGAAGAAAGGGCAGAUUCUGAGGAUUUAUUAGCAUCGCCUGAACUUUUCCCACCAUUGUCCUCUCACUUUCCUGAUGUGGAUGCUAAAACAAUGCAAACUGCUGAGAAGCUUGCCAAGUUUGUUGCUCAGGUAGGACCAGAAAUUGAGCAGUUCAGCAUAGACAACAGCGCAGAUAACCCAGACCUUUGGUUUCUACAGGAUCGAAACAGUUCUGCUUUCAAAUUUUACCGAAUGAAAGUCUAUGAGUUAUGUCCAUCUAUUAACUUCAGUGCAGUGUCAGAAGCAACUGAUGCUGGGGAAAGUGCUAAACCUGAAGAGAGAAAUUUGGAUAUUUCGGAAGAGGAAGAGGAUGAAGAAGAGGAGGAAGAAGAUAACGAGGAGGAAGCUGAGUUUGAGGAGGAUAUCUCCCAGCCUUUGGAAGAGAUGGAGCAAGCAGAGGAGAGAGAAGAGGAUGACAUCUCAGCAGGUAGAAGUGUGGAAAACCUAGCUGAAGAGAUGAUUUCCAAAACAGGAGAGGAAAUUUCAACAGGUGAAAUGCAGCUAGCCACAUCAUCUGAUGGUGCUAUACCAAAUCUGUCGACACAGGCAUCAACUCCUGCCCCUGGUACCCUAUUUCCUCGCAAACGAAUCAGCAGCAAGUCUCUGAAAGUUGGUAUGAUUCCUGCAUCUAAAAGGAUUUGCCUCAUAGAAGAACCAAAAGUGCAUGAACCUGUGAGAAUUGCUUAUGAUAGGCCUCGUGGUUGCCCAGUUACAAAGAAGAAGAAGAAACCAAAAGAUUUAGAAUUUUCACACAAGAAACUGACAAACAGGAAUGUGGGCUUCCAGAUGCUUCAGAAGAUGGGCUGGCAAGAAGGACAUGGCCUUGGUACACGAGGAAAAGGAAUCAGAGAGCCUGUAAAAGUAUGCGGCCAGUUCAUUGUUUUGUUUCCUCCUUGACAUUAGCCUCUGGCCUCAGCAAAGUUGAGCGUGGAGACUUCCCGCAUUUUUCUGGCCAGGCUGGGCAAAGUCUGGUCUGGAAGGUGGCUGUUUUUUGCCAUCCAGUUUGACAUCACUGAAGGCUGCAGCAUGAAUGCUGCAGUGUAUGGACAGUUUCUAAAGAUAUAUGGGUGCCCCUGUUCUUCAGGAGGUUUUGUUUAGGGUAUUUAGAUUUUUUUAACACAUAGUAUUAUCCUGGGAAUCUUCUUGCUACCAUGCCAGGUACAUAAUAUAUAAAUAGACUUUAGGAAUAUCAUACACAGUACUCCUACGUUUAGGCAACAAAUUUAUUUUCACUCUAAUUAUGUGAUUCAUUCCACUGCAUAGUGGAAGAGGUAAGUGCAUCUGCCAGAAGGUAAGUGUGCUUUGUCCUUUAAAAUACACUUUUGUUUUUGAAUCUUCCAUUUUGUCUUUCAAAGUUGCUGUAUCCAGUGUCCACUGCUGCUAGCGCAGAGAAUGGUUAGUAUCUCCUUCAACUCCCUGACUGAAUAAGGAGGCAGAAACUAUGUGUUUUUCUCUGAACCCAUAUGACAAGCUUUCUAGUCCACACACAUAGUCUGUGGUUUAACAGUUGUCUUUCUCCAGGGAUUUCUUUGUUCUCUUCAUGCCGUGAACAGUAUUGGUCAUUUUAGUUGGUGGGAUACUUCUGGUUGUUUGCUUUCUUUUUUCCUUAGUGGUCCCUGUGGUCCAGUGGCCAUAACUAUAUUUUCUAUAUUUCCUUCUUCAGCCAUAAAUGGACAAUGAGAAAGCAGCUUAUUUGGCCUGUAGCUCUCUUGUGUUUGCCAGUGUUAAAACCUUGGUUCUUGACCUCAAAACUUGUUGGGACCAAAUAUAUGAGUAAUUUUUUUGUUUCUGUAGCUCCUGGCACAAGUUCUGCUGCACAGCUAACCAUGAGCUAUUUAAUUGUAUCUGAUCUGACAGUUAGCCAACCACAUUCUAAAAGUUUCUGGCCAUCUUUAAGAACUGCAUUUUUAAUGUGUCAAAACACAGUUUUUCCAGUUUUUUUACCCUUGUAAAGACACCUGCCAAGACUAGUGAAGAACUGCUCUCUGUACCUCUUACAAAAAUUUGUUGGCCUUUUCUGUAGUGUAGAGAGAAUUCCAUAUUAUUGAUUAUUGUCAUGGCAUGCACCUCUGCUUGCUUUCCCAUCCAAGUCCUUCUUUGGGCAGUACUUUGGGACAGUCUCGGUGAGGAUGAAACCGGUGCAAUUUAACAUUUUGCUUUCUCUUCUUAGUUGCUUUGAUACAGUGCAGGGUUGGGGUUUUUUUAAUUUGGUAAUUUGUAGCCUCUACUCUUUCCUGCUCUUUGAAAACUACCAGCUCUUUUAAUGAUGACUUGUUUAAAAGUCCACGUGCUGUCUAAUUUCAUUCUGUGAGCAAAAGGGGAUGGGAUUAAUAAUUGGAGACACUCCAGUUCUAGUGUAGAGCAUAUCUUGAUCAUUAUAGAACACUGAUAUUUAAAACUGAUGUAUUCAGGCAUAUCAGUUGUUACACAAAGAAACGUGAGGCCCUUUUUUUUGUUAGGAAAGCUUAAAGCUUGUCUUUGGCUGUGAGAGCAAGUCAUAUUUGCAAGUUUGAAUAGAUUUUUAUUUACGUUACUGUAAAAGAUACGUGGUGACUCCUUAUGGAAGUGAUGGGUCCAGAAAUUUUAAAUGGAGUUUCAUGUUAGUCUUGUGAGCUGUUCCCUGUCUUGAGAACUAAUUUGUCACAGCUAUGGGUCUGACCAAUUUCAUGGUUCAAGAGACAUUUAAAAAAAAACAACAACAAAAAACCCAACAAAACUAAAACACUUUAACUGUCAUUUAAAAUGUAACUUAACUUGAUCAUACAGCUGCCAAGUCAGACUAUGUACCAUUCAGAAGGAAAAACAGCACCCAGGGUUUCUACUGUGGACUGUAAAGUUGAAUUUGCUUUUUAGAGCCUGUGAAUAUUCUUUUAGAAUUGUGCAACAAUCUACUUGGCUUAAGUGGACCUAUUCUUACAGAAAUUGGAUAAGAAUAAUUUUUCUUAUUCUACUUAAGGUUCUCAGAUUUUUACCCUGAUAGCACGACAAUCCCAAUCUCAGUACAUGGGGGAAUCUAAAUUUUCUUACUUCGCAUAAUGAAAUCUUUAACAGAUAAUACUACUGUAAGUGACCUGGUGGAUAAAACUCAUACAGAGGAUCAUUCCUGUGGUAGAGUUUUCAUUAAUCUUAGCUUUGUAAUGCCAACGUUCUAUGCACAUAGCCUGGAGCAAGAGAUGGGUUUUAAUUAUUUGUAUCUCUGCAUUCCUGUGUCAUCCUCUCCAUCCACUUCCAGGGCAGAAAGUUGUUUUGAUAUUGUUGAGGCCUGUCUGCUUCUGUUCGCAUGUUUGGAUGAAGAGAGAUGAGUUAACGAUUCAUUUUUCUUGGAAGGGCAGGAGCUCCAGGUUUUGUCUAUGGUACGCGUCCUACAAGACUUCAACUUGCUUUGGGUGCUAGAAAUUUUAAGCAAGCAGUGUUAUGGUCCCUUGGUGACAAUUCCAUCUUUUAUCCCGAGCUACGUGGUGUUUCCUACUCAUUCCUCAAAGUCUCUGACUUCUGUCAUUUCUUAAAUGUAAGAAAUAAGGCAAUUUUUGCCAUCUUUUCAACAAGGAUCCUCUCUACCAUGAAUAAAGUGGUUAAUACAAGAGUUCAUGUAAGAAUUCAAUUUGUCAGAUGACUAUUUCUUCACUGCUCCCUUAAUAUCAUAGGAGCGUUUUCUUCUGGUGGGUAUUUGCAUGGGUAACGGGAGGUGGGAAUUGUUUUAUCGUUGAUCUGGUGUGCCAGGUACCAAGCCUCCGCUCCCCUUCUCCCCCAAAUGAAGCAGAAUUACUCUCCACCUGAAUUGUGUCUAUGUUGGAAGCUAUUGUUUAGAUCUCUUCUGCACGUUGUCAAAUGUAAUGGAAACAGAGUGUUCUAACUAUUCAUUUUACUCCCUAGGGGUGCUACCUCUGCAGGGGAGGGCUUGGGUGUUGCAGGGGAAGAAAAUAAAGAAGAUGCAUUUGAUGUUUUCCGUCAAAGAAUGAUACAAAUGUACAGGCAGAAAAGAGCAAGUAAAUAGGUAUGUGCAAUGGACACAUCUGGUUUGAAUUCCUGCAAACAUUAAAAUACCAGGGGUUUUUAAGUCUUCCUUUACCAAGAAAAUAUUACUGUUUCCAUGAGUGUAUCUGGCUUCUUAGCAUUUCAUGAAAAUCCAGACCUACGUUGAACUGCUUUGAACUGCUGAAUUACCCCAAAUCUUACUUUCUAGGUUUGGCAUAAGAGACUCGCUCACUAGGAAGUGCACGGAUAUGCAAAGGCUGCUGUGUGAAAGAUCUUCAGCAGAGUAUGCCAGUAUGAAGAACACUUUGUUCUAUAGUAGUGGACUUGAAUACUAAUGUAUUAAAACAUUUUCCAAGAUUGAAGUUAGUCUUGUAUUUAAUUGUGCAAGCUAACAACUUGAAUGUCACCUUCUGAGGAAGAAACAACUGAUUUUGUUCUCGGAAGUGCCUGUUUACCUCUCUCUUUGGCCAAAUUUGCCUGUUUUGUGAUGAGAUGGCUUACCAAAAAAUGGAAUAAGCAACAUGAAAACUAUGACUAGCCUGGUUUGGCUCUGAUCCUUUCUGAAGCCAAGAAUCUUCUCAAAUUCAGAUCUUCUUGCAAGGCAGUUCAGAUUUUAUUUUACUACAUUUUAUUGAUGGGCUAAUCUUCUGAUCUACUUCUGGAGUCUGCAUAAAGCAAUUUCCUUUCCUCCAUACGCCAUUGUAAGAAGAGUACCUACGUGCUUAUUUUGUACAGCAUUCUAGACUUUAAGUGUAGGAUGAAUAACUGAGUUCAUCUGAGUCUGAGAACACUAAACUCUUCCUUGAAAACCUUGGCUGCUCAGGUUUUUCAUUGUAAUGAACAAGUAGUACAUGUUUUAAGUGUACACAAAUUUGCAGUUCUUCAACAGAUUCUUGAAUAAUUUCUUUCCUUCUUAAAGAAGUUUAAGCUGCGAGCAGGUGAAAUUCAUAUGUUUGCAGAAAACACUGAAGAAAAUACUUGGAAGUCAGAUAUUCAGAAGUCAUCUGGAAGUGGAUCAUCAGUUUUAUAAGACCAUCAGUUUAGAGAGUCAUUUCUGUUUCUAUUAAAUAUUCGCUUUGCGGAAGUUCUUUUAUUAAAAAAUCCCAAGAAAUAAGACAAAAAAGCUUGUACUUUCAAGGGACUAUUCCAGAACUUACUGAAAGAGAAGACUGGAUUAAUCUACUGUGCAUUACCCAGCUGCUUGGUGAAGCAGUUCUGAAGACAUGAAAGAUUUAGCAGUGUUACCACAAGUAAACGUUCACGGUCUGAUCAUUCAUCUUUUCCCAACUUGCACAUUGAUAAGGGAUCUGUGACUGGAUUACUGAAAGUGACACAGCUUAAUAUCGCACUUUUUAGUGUACUCAUUCUCCAUCAUUACCUUUCUAAAACUAGUCAGAAGUCUUUACUUGAAUGUUACAGUACCAAAACCUACUUCACUGAAGUUCUCUUUAAAGAGUUUAUCUUGAGCUGAUGCAUGUUUUGCUUACUAGGAGUGAGUGCUGUCUUGCUGAUGUUUUCAUCCUGCGCCAUGCUUCUUGUAGAGCAAAAAGGUCCGUGGUAUACCACUAACAGCACCCCACAGUAAUGUGGCAGCAUCUCAAGUUCCUAACUGACAAAUAUGUAAGAAAAUGUGUUCUUCAGUUAUCAACUUGCCUGUGCCUGCUGUUUAAAAGAACAAAAUGAUAUUCUUUCUUCAUUAAAAACCCUGCUGGUUGAAAGGGAGUGUCUUCAUUUUCAUUCUGUUGCAACAAACUUUUCCUUGCUUGUAACAACCAGUUUUAGUUCAUGAAUGCAAGUUGGUUUUAUUUUUUUCUUUUCUGUAUGGGUCUUUGAAACCAUGGAAACAAAAUCAUGUUGCAGUGUAAUUUUCUGAUCACUCAGUCUUAGUUGCCUUGAAGCACAUAAUCACCAAAUAAAACCACGAUGGCAGGUAUAGAAAAAUAUGCUGGUAGUUCUGUUUUUCCAUGAACAUCAUGUGUGUCUUUGCCUUUACACUACAAGAAGUUGAAGCAUGAAGGCUAUAAAUACAAAUAAGUUUAUCUGUCAGACUUGAUUAAGGACAUUUGAUAGCCCAAACGUUUCUCUUAGGCUUCACUUGGAGAUAUUUAAAAUCCUUAAAUGUUUUGGACCGCAGGCUACUUAAAGAUCAUCAAUUACAGUAUUUGGCAGUGUGUGUGCACUUGUUAAGUUCCUAUUUGGGUGUGUUCUUCACUGCCCCUCUUUCCUUCCUGUGCCUAAUUCGCAGUUACGCAGUGUAAAGCUUGAGCCUUUUGAAAAGAUCUCUCAGUCACAGUCUGGUUUGGAAUGACACUCCUGAACCAAUAUUGUUGGUCUCCGAUUUAUUUCUCAGACCCACUCAAAGGGUUUAGCUUUUCUUUUAGUUUCAUUGAUGAAGCUGCCAGUGUUGCUGUUCCCAGUUUUUAUUUCCCUGCAAACUUAUGGUUCACCUUCUUCGUUCACAUUUACAUUUUGGAAGGAUUCUUGAUUAUACGUUACGCUAUUUCCAGAAAGGCACAAGGCGAAGUGGAGUUUCACACUAGAUUGAAAUCCACUCUCUCGGACCCAGAUCAGCACUCUGUGCUGAUUUAACUGGAGUUUGUUGGGCAUAGUACCGUUCGGGGUGCAUUUGCUAAACACCUACUCACCCAAUCUGGGAGAAUUGUUGGAAUCCAGAUUGGAAAAUGGUACUGUCCUUUCUGAGUGCAAUUCAAUUUAGAGUAUAAUGCUGUCUUGAGAAUAAAGGAGAACAAUGGGAAAAUCUUAAUCUGCUACCCUGGAUGACUGUAGUAUGGUCUGUCUUUCUUGUGCCAAACUUUAAUUUUGGACAAGAUAUCAGCAGAGCAGUACUGGUGCUGAGAUUCCAGUGUUGCUCUCAAGUGGGUUACCGUUUGCCACUUUUAUCUUGUUUUACCAAGAGAUGACCUUACGUUCCUUUUGCAAAAGGAAUUUCCUUUUAUUUUGACCUGCUUUUGCAGGCAGCUCUGAUUUGAAAAUUUUAAAUACUUGUACAUGUGAAACAUUUGUUAUGCAGAUACAUUGCCUUGUUUAAAGUUUACUAGCUUCUUUUCUGUUAUUUUAGUUCCAGGCUCUCUUCCAUGAAGACUGCAAGCUUCAGUGAACAUGUUAACUAACUUCAGUGGUGUGUCUACUGUCUUUUGGUUGGUUUUUUCGCUAUUAAUCUUGUAGAGCAAUUCGCUAGUUUCUGUUCCGUGCAAAUUGGCAGUAGUGCUAAGCUAGUAACAAUUAGACGCUUAUGUUAUUGGGUAACUGACAUUUCUUUUUAGUGUAAUUAAACAUGUUAGCAUUGUUAAUCUUUUAAUAUCUGCAAUAAAUGUAGAACUAAACAA